UGGGGGGGCGGAGAAGCUGAGGACUUUGGCUCGGAGUCUGCUCUGGAUUGAUGGCGUCUGCACCGUCCUCCUCCUCCGAUGGCGAUCCGGAUCCCAACGCGACAAAUUUACGGCCAGCGGGCUCAAGCUACGACGCUUGGUGUGGAGUUGCUCAUGGAUGUACAAGAAAAUUGGGAAUGAAGAUUUGUGGUUUCCUGCAGAAGAACAACAGCGUGGAGGACCGGAGCAGGUUCGCCGGCUCGUUCAAGGAACGCGCGGCCAGGAGCUUCAUGCUCGCGGGCGACAACGGCGGCGGGGGCGCGCGCUUCACGCGCACGGAGACGGACUUCUCCAACCUGUUUGCCAGAGAGCUGUUACCUGCCAAAAAUGGAGAAGAGCCCACCAUGCAGUUCUUGCUGGAGGUGGUGGAAAUCCUCACCAGCUACAUCCGGAAAACCUUCGACAGGUCCACCAAGGUCCUGGACUUCCACCACCCGCACCAGUUGUUGGAGGGCAUGGAAGGCUUCAACCUGGAGCUCUCGGACCAGCCCGAGUCCCUGGAGCAGAUCCUGGUGGACUGUCGGGAUACUCUAAAGUAUGGCGUGAGGACAGGUCAUCCCAGGUUCUUCAACCAGCUCUCCACUGGGUUAGACAUUGUCGGCUUGGCAGGAGAGUGGCUCACCUCGACGGCCAACACCAACAUGUUCACCUAUGAGAUCGCGCCCGUCUUCGUCCUGAUGGAGCAGCUGACACUGAAAAAGAUGCGAGAAUUCAUCGGCUGGCCCGAGGGGGAGGGGGAUGGAAUAUUUUCUCCAGGAGGAGCCAUCUCCAACAUGUACGGUGUGAUGAUUGCACGCUACAAGUUCUUCCCUGAGGUGAAAAGCAAAGGCAUGGCAGCUGCACCUCGACUGGUCCUCUUCACCUCUGAGCAUAGCCACUACUCAAUCAAAAAGGCCAGUGCAGCAUUGGGCUUUGGGACUGAGAACUUGAUUCUGCUCAGCACAGAUGAGAGAGGAAGAGUCAUUCCUGCUGAUUUGGAAGCCAAAGUAAUCGAAGCCAAGCAAAAGGGCUUCGUCCCCAUGUAUGUGAAUGCCACGGCCGGCACCACCGUCUACGGAGCCUUCGAUCCUAUCAACGAAAUCGCUGACAUCUGUGAAAAAUACAACAUGUGGCUUCAUGUGGACGGUGCAUGGGGAGGAGGUUUGCUCAUGUCGAGGAAGCACAGACACAAGCUGAAUGGAGUCGAGAGAGCCAACUCGGUCACGUGGAACCCCCAUAAGAUGAUGGGAGUGCCCCUGCAGUGUUCCGCCAUACUGGUCAGAGAAAAGGGCUUAUUACAAGGCUGCAACUCCAUGUGCGCCGGCUACCUCUUCCAGCCGGACAAGCAGUACGAUGUGGCGUUCGACACCGGGGACAAGGCCAUUCAGUGCGGUCGCCAUGUUGACAUAUUCAAGUUCUGGCUCAUGUGGAAGGCAAAGGGAACGGUGGGAUUCGAACAACAUAUCGACAAGUGUCUGGAACUGUCGUCAUACCUUUACGACAAAAUCAAAGGCAGAGAAGGCUUCGAGAUGGUUUUUAACACAGAGCCGCAGCACACCAACGUAUGCUUCUGGUACCUUCCGCCGAGCCUGCGCGGCAUGCCAGCUGGUAAAGAGAGACAAGAGAGGUUGCACAAGGUGGCCCCAAAGAUCAAGGCCAUGAUGAUGGAGUCUGGUACCACGAUGGUGGGCUACCAGCCUCAAGGGGAGAAGGUCAACUUCUUCCGCAUGGUCAUCUCCAACGCGGCUGCGACGAGUUCCGAUAUCGACUUCCUGGUGGAGGAGAUCGAAAGACUCGGCCGGGAUUUGUAAGAGUCCCGCGCGCACCGCGAAAUGUACAACUUCAUACACAACGGAGGUCACAUCAUUAGGUACGCCCGCACAAUCUGAUGAGCUCCCCAGACAAGCACUCCCUGUAUCAAAAAGGUCGACAAAAAGUUUGGGGGCCGGUUCUCAUGACAUGGUGUACCUAAUGUUAUGGCCUGCGAUCGAGAUUGAAAGUGUUGAGCAUUUGCGCUUAGCGGCUGAUGAGUGACCACCAAUAUGUCAUGUAUUCUAUGCAGAAUAGUUUAGAAGACUGAAUGAAGGUAAAAAAAAAACAAAACAAAACAAACACAAAAAAAAAGAGCACAACCUUCUAGCAUUGACGUGUAAGUUAUGCAUUGCACAGCAAAUACGUACCUGUGUGUUGAUGGACCAUGUUGUUUAUGUCAUGCUCAAAUCAAUCAUUCCCUUGGUGGUGAUUUAAGUAUAAACAGUAUGGCGGAGUCAAUGUAACAUGUAUUGUACUUAUUAUGGCGGUCUUUUUAGAUAUUGUAUUGGAUAUAGUACUGUUACAAAAUAUAUGUUUUACGGUGACCAAACAUUAAAUGUAAAUCAACCGUACUCUGUCAGAGAUGUAAUCGCGUUAUUUUAUUUUAUUUUAUUUUUUUAUAGCUCAAUGUUUUGGCUUUUCAUGAGUCUUUUAUGUGCUUUAGUGAACCAAAGAUGGGUUGAGUUCCAUUAACGGACGUGUUUAUUGCCCUUACGGAUAAAAUCACAUUUAUAGAAUAUUUUAACUGUGCAAUACGUGUUGUGCUAACUGUGCAAAGCCGUUUUUUGUUUGUUUGUUUGGUUUUUUUUUUGGGAGAAAAGCACAAUGCUAAAAUGCUAGCGACAACGAUUGUUUCUGCGAUUUCGCGUUUGUCCGAGUGGCAACCACAUUGCGCAACAUGCUCGCCAAAGUCACUCUUUUCUGUGGAGACCUUAAGCAGUAUUUAUCCUGAAGAAUUUAGCUUGUACAUUGUUUGCUGUUGUAAUAAGAACCAAAUAACAUUCCGGGAUCAGAUGAAAUGUCAAUGUAGGCACUUUAACUUCUCGUUUCCAGAGUAUUACUGUUGUAACCACAGUUCGAAUAAAGAUGUGAGCUGUCAA